GUCGUAUUUCUGAGACUCGCGCCCGACGACGUGCUGGACCGGCCACAGAAGAUGCCCGCCACCUACGCUCUACCUCCUCUACACUCUGCGGGCUCGAUGGCGAUAGUCGCCAUGGCGCGCGACGCGGUGGAAGAAGGUGCCCCUUCCGCUGGGCAGAUAGCGACGACCGUGUUCAACCACUCGCCGCCGCCGGUGCUUUUAGGGGGGCUCAUGGCGUUAUUCCUGUCAGGGGCGGUGUUCAUGCAAGUAGCCUUGUACUUUCAGCUAUACUCGACGGAUAGGUGGAGAGUAAAGACGUUGGUCAUUGCGAUAUGGAUGCUCGACGUGCUUCACUCUUCCAUGGCUAUCACUGCGAACUGGGAGAAUCUAGUCAUCCAUUAUGGGUCCUUCGAUAAGCUGGACUCUAUAGCAUGGUCGAUCGCGAUUACAAUCGCCCUCACGGCUGUGACCACGUUCAUUGUGCACUGUUUCUUCAUUCAUAGGAUUUACUCGUUAAGCAGAGGGAACUUGUACAUUACCAUGCCUCUAGUCACUCUGGCUUUACUGCGAGUUGGUGCCGCUUCGGUAACAACGUCAGAGAUGAUCAAACUAGGAAAUUACCCCUUAUUCGUCUCGAAGUUCUCAUGGGUGUUCACCCUCGGCCUGGCCGUAUCCGCUUCCCUCGACAUCCUGAUCACGAUCAUCAUGUGCUAUUACAUUCGAAGAGGGCGCACUGCGUUCGUCCGCAUGAACCGUAUCAUCGACGUGCUUACGCUGUACGCCGUUGAGAACGGGAUGAUCACAUGUGUUGCGACGUCUCUCUCGCUAUUUUUUUGGCUCUUCAUGCGAAGCAACUUUGCGUUCUUGGGGAUGCAUCUAGCCAUCAACAAACUGUACGCCAACUCCUUCCUGGCGAGCCUCAACGCACGGAAGGCCUUGGCGAACAGGUCGCAAAACUCCGGAAACGUCGUAGAAGCCUAUGCACUGCCCGUAAGGUUCCCCAGCAGUAGCAAUUCGAGAGAGAACCAACGCCACGGAGGCCUUUCGGUGCCCGGUAAUCCCAAGGCGGUGGAGAUCACCAUCGAUGUCGAGCAGACCGUGCAGCACGACCUGGACAGACAUAGGCCGCACACAGACGGGGACAGCGUUUCCGUCGAGUCCGAGAAGCGCGCUACGUCGGACGUGACAGAUGCCAAGGUACACUGAGUAUGGAUCCUCGGCGGCGUGCUGUACGAGUAUCGUGUCAUCCGUUUUCUCCAUCGUCUGUAUAUUUGUACAUAUUAGCGCUUACUCGUAUUCCACCAUAAUUCUAGAUCACGCCCGGCUCUGGGCUGUGCG